CAGCAUCAGUAGCAUAGAGCCUGCCUCCAAUGAUUGUACGGCGGUUCUGGCUGUAGUUUUUAUUUGGGAACAGGAUACGCACAAGGAGAAGAGAAUACAUCUAUUCCUCGGGGAUUUUUCUAACAGAAUCACAAGCCAGCAUUGAUUCGUUCAAAAGGAGGACAAACAGAGCAAGCUGAGGCAGGAUGUCGGCCCGAGGAGGGAAGAAGAAGACCACCAAGCUGUCCCGCUCCGCCCGAGCAGGGGUCAUCUUCCCCGUGGGGAGGAUGAUGCGUUACCUCCGUACAGGGACCCACAAGUACCGCAUCGGCAUGGGGGCCCCUGUCUACAUGGCGGCUGUCAUCGAAUACCUGGCAGCUGAAAUCCUGGAGUUGGCUGGCAAUGCAGCGAGGGACAACAAGAAAGGCAGAAUAACGCCGCGGCACAUCAAGCUGGCAGUAGCUAAUGACGAGGAGCUCAACCAGCUUCUCCGUGGGGUGACCAUAUCGAACGGUGGGGUCCUGCCCCGGAUCCACCCAGAGCUCCUGUCCAAGAAGAGGGGGGGCCGGGUGAAGGUGGACACCCAGGUCACAGUGCCCGAGAAAAGGGAGGCACGCGUCAAGAGCAUCAAGAAACCCUCCAUCAAAAAAGGAAAAGGCAAACCAGGCCGCAAAGCAAGGAAGAGCACAGAAAACGACAAAGAGGUUGUAGCCAACUCAACUGUGGAAGAUGGACCAGGCGAUGGGUUCACAAUCCUGUCAGCGAAAAGCCUGUUCCUCGGACAGAAGCUUUCACUAACAGAGAGUGAAAUCAGUAAAAUUGGAAGUAUCAAAGUGGAAGGCAUCAUCAACCCAACAAAUGCAGAGAUGGACCUUAAAGAAGGCGUGGGGACCGCUCUGGAGAAGGCAGGGGGUCGGGAGUUCCAGGACGCAGUAAAAGACCUGCGGAAAGCACAAGGGCCUCUAGAGGUAGCAUCAGUUGCUGUGAGCCAGGCCACUGGGAUGGCGGCCCGCUUUGUGAUCCACUGUAACGUCCCCCAGUGGGGCUCCGAGAAGUGCGAGGACCAGCUGGAGAAGACUGUCAAGAACUGCCUCUCCGCCGCCGAGGAGAAGAAGCUCAAAUCUGUGGCCUUCCCCUCCCUUCCUGCUGGCCGGAACGGCUUUCCAAAGCAGACGGCUGCCCAGCUGAUCCUCAAGGCCAUCUCCAGCCAUUUUGUGUCCGCCACCACCUCCUCUCUGAAAAACAUUUACUUUGUACUAUUUGACAGCGAGAGUAUCGGAAUAUAUCUUCAGGAAAUGGCCAAGCUGGAUGCCAAGUGAAGAAAAGUCUGCAAAAAAGAAGGAGCUCGGUUUGGGGUGUUUUUUUUUUUUUUUUUUAACAGGUUGCAGUUGUAUUUCAGGUGGGUUUUGUUCUUUACAUCUGGUAUAGGUCAAUGGAAGGUCAUGUGAGUAGGCAUUGUUAUGAUGUGGACCCAGCCUGGGAAGGUUAAGAAAAAAAAAAAAAAAAAAAAAACUGUGAGUGAAGUACUGUAUGAAUUUAUGUUACACUGUCCUUUUAUGAUGGCAUUCUUUUUAGAC